AUGGGCGAGUCUGCUGCGUCGAUGGACAUCGACGACCAGAUUCAGCUGCAGCUCAACGAGUUUCUCCCGCGCCGACUUCACUUUGUAUUAACAGAAACAUUGAACCCCCUUGCACGAACAUCAGUGUUAAUAGACAACAAAAUAGACGUCAGUCACGACGAAGUGUUUGCCCUAAUGAAAUGGCCGAAAUUAGAAAGAAAUGUAGGAAAAGGGUAUUUCAACGCACACAGCAAUUGUUAUAUGAUCUCAGUGCUCCAAGCAUUAACGCACACGACUCCAUUGUAUAACUACAUUGCACAAUCAAAAGUUAUUCCAUCACUCGAGGACCCCUUUUGGACGGCACUUGCUUCCUUGUUCAGUAAAGCCUUUGUUGGCAAGCAGAACACAAUUUUGAAGCCAAUUGCGUUUGAAAAAAAUUUGAAGAUCCUGUCGAAGUCUUUAGAGAGAUACGAACAAGAGGACGCGACGGAAUUUUAUGUCCUCUUGUUGGACCAUCUCCACGAGGCGGCUAUAGGAAAAGGGAAGAAUAAGAUAUCAAUCAUUAGUAGUAUCUUCCACACAACCCUAACAAGUCGAAUUACGUGUUAUAACUGCUUGGGGAUUAGUGACUCCAACGAACAAUUUUCAUUCCUCCCAGUCGAAGUGACUAAGGACAAAACACUGGAGAGUGGCCUUGACGUCUUUUUUAAGAAAGACGUGUUGGACGGGUAUACCUGUGACAAGUGCAAGACGUCCUCAAAAGCGUCGAAGAGGUAUUUUGUCAAAGAACUUCCGUGGGUCUUAGCUAUUCAAAUCAAACGAUUUGGGUGGGAUGAGCGCAAGAUCAAUGGCUUCGUCAAAUUUCCAAGCGAACUGAAUAUGUCCAAAUACGGGAAAGAUGGGCUGUUUGACUUGUAUGGAGUCAUUGUUCAUUUGGGAAGAACUAAACAUGGGGGGCACUAUAUCUGUUAUAUUAAAGGACCCAAUUCGGGGUGGUUUCAAUGUGAUGAUGACACUGUUACUUCCGUCCCUAUUAAAACAGUUUUAAAGAGUGAGGGCUAUAUGCUCUUCUAUAAACGGUCGAAUGAGACGGUUUUGAAGAGUGACACCAACAAAGUGGAGAAGCAAAAGGAUGACAUCGAUGCUCUUAGUGCACUCAUGAAAAUGGCAAAUGACAAAGAAACAAGUGUAAAACAACAGAAUGCAACAAAACAGGAACAAGUGACGAUCAAUGAAAUGGAAGAAAUACAAGAAAGACACACAACUCGAGUCCACACCCUUAUAGUCCAAUUAAAACCUAUUCUUUCUAAAGUCGAACCAAUUAAGAGAAAACCAGAAAGUAUUGCCCCACCACUAGAAAAGAAACGUGGCAAUGAAAGUCUUGAUACUAAUGCUAUAGAAAAAAUUUCUAAUAGCACAUACGACGGCUUCACUAUCAAAAAGAAAAGUCUUCCCAAGGAGGAAAAACAAGAAAAAUCAGAGAAGAAUACCAAAAAGGUGGUGAAAAGGAAAAAACACAUCGACGCUUUCGAUUUAAAAACAAUCCCCGUCGGUUUACAAUUCAAUGAACGCGUCGACGCUUGGGACGACGACACUAACACACAAAGAAAAGAGUUGCGUGGCGUCGUAGGAGAUGUCGACAAAGAGAUCCAAUCGAGAGUGACUAAAUUGGAUCAGUACGACAUCGACCUUGAUAAACCCAAACAACGAAAAUUGAGGAAAAACAUGAAAAAUGCUUUUAGAGUCUCAAAAGGUGUUAAUGCCUUCCAAAAAGUCGCAGAACAGAAGAAAAAGUCAGCCAAGAAACACAAAAAAGAUUUUUGA